UUCUUGCCGGCUUACAGUUAUUAAAUUAAAACAAUGCGUAAAAGUCCAGGCUUUCGGAAUAAUAAUAAUAAGCGUCAUGUACAGCUGGAUGAACAGAGUCCAAUUGUGCAAGCAUUUCGCAGCUAUGCAAGCGAACUCGACGGCAAACAUGAUCGUCAUGAACGUAUUUUAAAAUUGAGUCGCGACAUUACCAUUGAAUCAAAGCGCAUUAUCUUUCUGCUGCAUUCGAUUGACUCGCGCAAGCAAAACAAGGAAAAGGUAUUGGAAGAGGCUCAACAGCGUCUGAAAAAGCUCAUUGAGGUUAACUUCCGUGCUAUAGCGCUGGAGCUGCGCGAACAGGAUGUCUAUCAGUUUCGUAACGCCUAUUCGCCUGGACUACAAGAGUUUAUAGAGGCCUACACCUACAUGGAAUACUUGUGCACCGAGGAUAAUAGGGGAGAUGCAAAGCCAGUGUCGGAUUGGUUGGCAUUACAGUGCGUUAUGCAGUAUGAAGAUGAGCCCAAAACAAAAGAGCCUGAGCCUGCUCAAGAAGGCGAUACUGAUGUGGAAAUAAAACCAGAGACAGUCUCGAAAUUUCAAUUCUAUGUUGAUCCAUCUGAGUAUAUAUUGGGUGUAUCUGACUUGACUGGUGAGCUAAUGCGCCGUUGCAUCAACUCGCUGGGCAGUGGAGACACGGACACUUGCUUUGAAACCACCAAGGCGUUGCAGCAGUUUUAUACAGGAUAUACAAGCCUGAACUGUCAACGAGCUCGUGAAUUGUGGCGAAAGAUCACCACCAUGAGACAGAGCAUGCUCAAGGCAGAGAACGUUUGCUAUAACGUCAAAGUACGUGGCGGCGAGGCGGCCAAGUGCGCCAAUUUUGAUCAAAAGCCAGCAGAGGACACGGAUGAAGGUUUCUUUUAGCAGCUGCAUAGUUUUAAGCCGCGCACUUUAUAUUUCUUUUAAUAGUUGCAUAGUAUUAAACC